AUGUCUGCCGAUAAGAGCUUCAAGGUGGUUAUUGUCGGCGGAGGCAUCGCCGGCCUGUCGCUGGCCAUUAUGCUCGAGAAAUUUAGCAUAGACUAUGUUCUUCUCGAAGCGCAUGAUGACAUCGCGCCACCUCUUGGCGCAAGCAUCGCUAUGAUGCCGAAUGGUCUCCUGAUUCUCGACCAGCUCGGUUGCUACGAGGAUAUUAGGAGCAUCUGCCAAGGUGAUGCGAUAAAAACUGCGUACACUCGAGACGUCGAUGGAAGCGUGCUCUCCUGCACUCCCGACAUCCUUGAGCAUCUUGAGAUACGGCAUGGAUAUCCUAUGCUGUUCUUUGAUCGGGAGUGGCUACUGAAACUACUCUACGACCAUGUCCAAAACAAGGAUCGCAUUCUUGUAGGACAAAAGGUUCGGGACAUUAUCACCGCCAACGAUGGGGUGGAAGUUAGGACAACCACCGGCGUGAGCUACCGCGGUUCCGUCGUGGUGGGCGCUGACGGUGUCCACAGCGCAACGAGGAAGGAGAUGGUCCGGCUCGCCCACGAGAGGGCUCCCGGGUAUUUCCCAGUCGGGGAGGAAGACCGUGUGCCGUGCUACUACCAGUGCAGCUUUGGAAUUGCCCAGGAAGUCGAAAGCUGGCCGGACGGAGACCAAUGUUUUACUCUAGGGCGCGAAAAGUCCUUUCUCGUCGCCUCUGGCCCCAUGAAGCGCGUGUAUUGGUUCUUCUUCUCCAAACUACCCCAGACAAGGCAUGGGCAGGACAUACCAUCCUACACAAAGCAAGACGAGGCCGCAUUCGUGGACGAACACCGGGAUGUGCCCAUCACAGAGAAGCUCACAUUUGGAGAGCUCUUCUCCAAACGUAUUUCCUCUGCCCUUACCCCGCUCCACGAGGUCGUAUACCAGAAAUGGUAUUUCGAACGGAUCCUCGUCAUCGGCGAUGCCGUGCACAAGCCGAAUCCAAUUGGCGGCAUGGGUGGUAACGGUGCCAUCGAAUCUGCAGCGGAGUUUGUCAAUGCACUCAUCGAUCGACGUCGGACGAGUGCCUUGGAAACACUAACCACCCAAGACCUGGCUGCUAUUGGGAAGCAAGUCCAGGACUGUCGGCAUGAGCGAGCCAAAUUUAUCAACGCUAUAUCGCACGACAUGCAGGCUCUUUUCGCGUUCGAGAACCCCAUGCUCUCGAACUUGGUCUGGUAUGGCAUUACCCCUCUGACUGGGGAAGAGCUCGCCCUCGAGUUGAUGGUGGAUCGAAUCGUGGGCGCCUCGCGCCUGAGGUAUGUUCCGAUUCCCAAUAGACCGCGCCGUAUACCAUACGACCAUGAACUUCCAGCCCGACCCUGGAAGUCUUUUGCGUCACGCCUGCCACAAGUCUUGCUUUUGGCCGCUGGUGUGGCUCUCUUCUACCUACCUAAGACGGUCACGACCACGCACCUCGGCGAUCUUAGCAAGUUGGCCACCACCGUGCAAUCGCUUCCUCGCAUUCUAACAUCAACCCUGUUUCCGUCCAUCCUCAAUGCUCCCGACCAGGCCAGUGAUGGAAUAAGCAUCCGGUCGACGGCCAUUUACCAGCUGUCCCAACUCCUGUCCCCGGCUCUGAUUUUGACCGUUGAGGGAUAUCGGGCCGGUAACAGGAUGACUCCUCUCGCAGUUCCCGCCAGGCCCGUCGGCCGCAACAUUCGACCCGAAGUUGCCGAGUCGCUCGUGCCGGCAAUAUCGCUCGCAUACUUGCUGCCAACUUCUUUGAUUCUCGCGGGGGCAGACCUUGAUGCAGACGCGCCAGCUCUCAAGUUUGCCUAUGAUUAUGUGUUCGUGUUACAAGCCAUUGCGCAUGCCGUCGCCAUGUAUGCCUACAUGCGCCGCGGGAAUGCUGUGGCUUUUACGGACUUUUCAAGCCUUCCUCAAAUUCUUGCUUCAAACAUUUCUAGCUGGUCUGGUGUCGCAUCAACACUUUCUAACCUAUUCAACCGUGACGGAGUCUGGUCCGCUGCUGUCAUUGCAACAUCCAACCUUUAUACUAUCUGGGACUUGCGUCGCCUUGGAUACACAAGCACGUCGAGCGCAAUUAAAACGACCCUUAAGGUCGCUCUGGGCCAGGUUCUCGUUGGCCCUAGUGCAACUUGGGCACUUCUUUGGCGCUGGCGUGAGCAGACACUUCUCCGCCUUUCUGUUCCCGCGUAA